AUGGAACAGAAAAAAAAGUUAUGGACUAGAAUUCGAGAAAAAAAUUCCAAAGUUGAAGCAGCGGUAGUGAAAAUUCACCGUGAAAUUAGCGCUUCUCGGGCGGGGCUUAAUAAACUAACAAAGAAAAACGUCAAAGAUGCGAUAGAAAAGAGGGGGAAACGGGGGAAAAAGGGGCGGGGCUUAAAUAAUAAAUUACUAGAAACUUCCGGAACAAAAAAUUAUGAAAAAUGA